AUGGAGACGCCCAUCGAGCGCGAAAUCCGCCGCAGCUGCGAACGCGAGGAGAGCCUGCGCCGGAGCCGGGGCCUGAGCCCAGGUCGCGCGGGCCGCGAACUCGUCGAACUGCGUGUGCGGCCGGUGCUCAGCCUGCCGGGCCCCGGCUCCGCGCUCCCGCGCGCCUUGGAGCGCGCUCGGGCGGGCGCGCAGAUGCAGCGAGACAUCGAGCGGGAGGCCCAUCGGCAGGCGGCGCUAGCGCGCCCCGAGAUCCCAAAGCAGCGCGCCCGGCAGCCGCCUCAGCCGCUGGGCGAGCUCAAGCGCUUCUUCGAGGCUGCCGGCGGGUGCGGCUCCUCGCUGGCGGCGGAGGGCAGCGCGGACCCGCAGCGGCUGCCUGAGCCCGGAGGCCGGCCACGUUCAGUCGUGCAGAGCCGGUGCCCGGUGCUGGCCCGCGCCCCGCCGCCCAUCGCACCAUCGCUGCUGGAGCAGGAGGUGCGCGAGGUGAAUGAGCGCGAGCGGGAACUGCAGCGCCAGCGCCUCAGCGUCUACGGCACCGCCGAGUUCAAGGAGCCCGCGCCCAGCCUAACUGCGAGCAGGGGUGACGGAAAGCUGGCGGUGAUCUGGCCUCCCCGCAGAAAGGCCUCGGAGAACGGUCUGGAGCAGGUGGGAACCCCUUUCCCCUCCUGCCUCAGGCGUUUGUCGCUGCCCCCCACCCCAACCCUCUGCGUGCGAGAACGCUGGGCUGGGGAAAGGACCCCCUGGGAAGUCACUCUGCGCUAGGACCCAAAGUCCCGGACGUGGCCCAGGGGUGUCGAGAAGGCGGUGGUCCUGGGGCCCAAACUGCCCCACCCGGGGCCUGGGUGUCCCCACUCGCGGUGCGCGGGCCCCCGAGGCAUGCCUUCGGUCUGGCCCCUCUCUCCAGGAGGAGACGAAGCCUUGAGGUUCGAGCCGGCUGGGGUCCCAGGACGAAGGUAACAUGCCCGUCAGAGGACCCAGGCAGGGGCGCCCAGGAGUGCCCUCCGGAUCGGCGGAAGACCUAGAGAGGGGCUACAGGUCUGAGCCAGGAAAGACGCAAUCGAUCAGCCCCUCCUCGAACCUGACUUUGUGAAAUUGACCAGAAUCUUCUAUAAAACUGUUAGUCCCAAUGGGGAAACACCACUAUCACAACCCCGCCAGUAAAACUGCCCCGCCCUUCUCCACCUAACUGCAAACGGAGCUAGCCUCUCCUUCCGGCCUUGACUGUUAGAUAGGGGUCACCUCCUCGGCUGUCCCCACUCCCCAAUAAAGCCCCUUCUUUCUGGGCA